ACAAUCAAACACAAACAAAACCCAAAGAAGAUCUAAGUUCAUCAUGUCUACGACCGGACAAAUCAUUCGAUGCAAAGCUGCCGUUUGCUGGGAAGCUGGAAAGCCACUAGUGAUGGAGGAAGUGGAGGUUGCUCCACCGCAGAAGCAUGAAGUCCGUAUCAAGAUUCUCUUCACUUCUCUCUGUCACACCGAUGUUUACUUCUGGGAAGCUAAGGGACAAACGCCUUUGUUUCCACGUAUCUUCGGACAUGAAGCUGGAGGUAUUGUGGAGAGUGUUGGAGAAGGAGUGACUGAUCUUCAACCAGGAGACCACGUCCUCCCCAUCUUCACCGGAGAAUGCGGAGACUGCCCUCACUGCCACUCUGAAGAAUCCAACAUGUGCGACCUUCUCAGGAUCAACACCGAGAGAGGAGGGAUGAUACACGACGGCGAAUCGAGAUUCUCCAUCAACGGCAAACCGAUCUACCAUUUCCUUGGGACCUCAACGUUCAGCGAGUACACCGUGGUUCACUCUGGUCAAGUCGCUAAGAUCAACCCUGAAGCUCCUCUUGACAAAGUCUGCAUCGUCAGCUGCGGCUUGUCCACUGGGCUGGGAGCUACUUUGAAUGUUGCUAAACCCAAGAAAGGUCAGAGCGUUGCUAUCUUCGGUCUUGGCGCUGUUGGUUUGGCUGCUGCGGAAGGUGCUAGGAUUGCUGGUGCUGGUAGGAUCAUUGGUGUUGAUCUUAACCCCAAGAGGUUCGAGGAAGCUAAGAAGUUCGGUGUGACGGAGUUUGUGAACCCUAAGGAACAUGACAAGCCAGUUCAGCAAGUCAUCGCUGAGAUGACUAACGGCGGUGUGGACAGGAGUGUGGAGUGCACUGGAAGCAUUCAAGCCAUGAUUCAAGCCUUUGAAUGUGUUCACGAUGGCUGGGGUGUUGCGGUGCUGGUUGGUGUGCCGAGCAAAGACGAUGCCUUCAAGACUCAUCCGAUGAACCUCCUGAACGAGAGGACACUCAAGGGUACUUUCUUUGGCAACUACAAACCCAAAACCGACAUUCCCGGGGUGGUCGAAAAGUACAUGAACAAGGAGCUGGAGCUUGAGAAGUUCAUCACUCACACAGUGCCGUUCUCUGAGAUCAACAAGGCCUUUGAUUACAUGUUGAAGGGAGAGAGUAUCCGUUGCAUCAUCACCAUGGGUGCUUGAAGAAACUACAUUUCUC